AUGGAAAGUGGGGAAGACAUCUUACGCGACGAAGAGCUGCGUGUCGGGAACGUAAAGGUUUAUGUGGAGUCAACACAUGGUGAAACGACUGGGAUUGUGGAACAGGUCUUUCCAGCGCUGCUGCUAGGUUCCCAAAAGGCAAUUCCUAAAUUGGUGAAGCACAUCUACAGCCACUUGGCGGCUUAUUCUCGCCGAAUCGAUGAAGGUGUUCCUGACAUCAUCUUUUCGCUCAUCGCGUCUGAGAAUCUCAUUGAUUUACAGGUGGAUUAUCCUCGAAAACUUUGA